CCCUGGUCUGAACUGGUGAGACAGAGCGGGCACGGGGAUAAUGGUUCGAUGGUACUGCAGAGUAAACUUCGGAAGGUGCCAUCCUUUGAGGCUGGGGGUGAAGAUAUCCUUGGUAUUGGGGAGUCGCUGGGUAGGAAUAGUACGACUCUUCAUAAGCAGUACCUGCCAUUGAUGCUUGUUCCUCCAUUGCCUCCUCUAUCCCCUGGAUUGGUACUCCUCCCUCCGCAUAGACCUGGGGAAGG